GCCCCUGCUCUGCCCCUGCUCUGCCCCUGCUCUGCGCUGGGCACGGCCUGACUCUGCGAGGGAGCCGCGCCGAGGCGGCGGAGGGGAAAGCAGACAGAUGCAUGUGAGUGCCCCAUGGCUGCAGCUGCCUCAGUUCAUUCACUUACUGCCAAGUGUAACUUGGAAGCAUUCUUUAGGUCGGUUCAUCUUCUGGAACCCGUCCCUGCCUUCUGGUUAAGGACUCCAUGCACACACACAGGAUGACUCAACAGUGGGAUGGAUGUUCAGAUACCAGAAAGGUGCUGGUAACUUGACAGGAACCUCCACAUUCUUUGGGAGCCCUGCUGUGCGUGAGCUCUUCCAGGAAACUGCCGUUUGAACACAUCGGAUCGUUACAGCCCCUGAAACUUCCACGAUGAAGAGAGCUGGGCAGAGAGUUGUGGUUGGAACUGAAGCUCCUCACACAUCACAGACAAGCAAAAAACAGAAAACUAGUUCAUAUGCCUCAGUGUUUGGUGACUCUGCCCUGUGCACCUCGAUGGACUGGGGCAGCCUCCCCCACCACGUGAUCCUGCGUGUUUUCCAGUUCCUCACUCUGGUGGAUCGAGCCAGGGCGUCUUCUGUUUGCCGAAGGUGGAAUGAGGUUUUUCACAUCCCAGAUCUCUGGAGGAGAUUUGAAUUUGAACUCAGCCAGCCAGCCACUUCUUACUUAAAGUCUACCCACCCAGACCUCAUUCAGCAGAUUAUCAAGAGGCACGCUGAUCACCUGCAGUACGUCAGCUUCAAGGUUGAUAGUAGUACUGAGUCAGCAGAAGCAGCUUGUGACAUCCUUUCUCAGCUGGUGAAUUGUUCAAUCAAGACACUGGGUUUAAUCUCUACAGCAAAGCCAAGCUUCAUGAAUGUCUCUAAGGCUCAUUUUGCUUCAGCACUGACAGUAGUUUUUGUAAACUCCAAGUCAUUAUCAUCAAUCAAGAUAGAUGACACACCAGUUGAUGAUCCUUCCCUGAAGGUUCUUGUUGCUAACAACAGUGACACUCUAAAACUGCUAAAAAUGAGCAGCUGUCCUCACGUUUCACCUGCUGGCAUUCUUUGUGUCGCUGAUCAGUGCCACGGACUUAAGGAGCUGGCUUUGAACUACUACAUCUUAAGUGAUGAGCUUCUGCUGGCUCUGUCGAGCGAGAAGCACGUCGACCUCGAGCACCUUCGCAUCGACGUCGUGAGCGAGAACCCCGGGCAGGUGGAAUUCCACACCAUCAAAAAGCAAAGCUGGGACGCUCUCGUCAAGCACUCCCCCAAAGUGAACAUCGUGAUGUACUUCUUCCUGUACGAGGACGAGUUUGACGUGUUCUUCCGGGAGGAGACGCCGGUCACACACCUGUACUUCGGGCGCGCCGUGAGCAAAGCGCUGCUGGGCCGCAUCGGCAUCAACUGCCCGCGGCUCAUCGAGCUGGUCGUGUGCGCCAACGGGCUGCAGCCCCUGGAUGCUGAGCUCAUCCAGAUCGCCCAGCGCUGCAAGAACCUCACGGCCAUGGGCCUGGGGGAGUGCGAGGUGACCUGCAGGGGCUUCGUGGAGUUUGUGAAGAUGUGUGGGGGCAGGCUCACCCAGCUGUCCAUCAUGGAGGAGGUGCUGAUCCCAGACAGCGAUUACAGCUUGGAUCGGCUGCAUUUGGAGGUCUCCAAGCACCUCGGCAGGAUGUGGUUUCCUGAUAUGAUGCCAACGUGGUAAAUUCUCUCUCCGUUUGUGGAUAAAGGGGUGAAAUCAGGGUGUUGCUUUCUAUGCAAAUAAGGAAUUUCAAAAGGAAAUGUGAAAACUUACUUCCAGAUUUGAGUUUUUCUACCUUGAGAACCUCUGGUAGACUAACAGCAAAACACUCUAGAAUAUUAAUUGUAUAUUGAAAUAGAAGAUAGAUUAAAGUGUACUUAACAGUUCUGUGGUUUACAGGUGCUUCAAACUUCAGUGAACUUGGGCUUCUCUGAACUUCAGUUUAAAUGUUCUGUUCACUUUAAAGUGGUUUUGGUUUUUUUUCAUGUCUUUGUUUAAUCUUUCUGAUGUAGUCAGAAGAGGAAUAGGGUAACUUUUUUCCUUUAGGAAAUCAAUCUUAUGGAAAGCUGUAUACAACUUGGAGUACAGUAUUAUUUGUCAUGAUGUUUUAUAUAGCUUUUUUUAUAAAUAUUCAUGUUUUAAUUGUAAAAGCUUGUACAUUAAAAUACACUAGCCCAGGUUAAUCAGAUGUAAUCUAGUUUAAACUCACGGUAUUAUAUUAAAAUUUUAAUAAGCUGAAACUGUAAAGUUUUUUUGUAAGCAUUAAAUUGCACUUUAAAUAAUUCUGUCACAGUAGUGAAGCUGUUGAGACUGCAUUGUACAGUAUGUUGGUUUUGUCCUAUGCAUUAAAAGGGUGAGAAAGAGACUUUGUUAAAAUUAAUGAAUGUAAAAGUUUGUAGCUGGAUUGACUGCUUGAGUGAGUAAUAAGGCACUUUGGAAACUGUUGGGAUAUAAGGAAUAGCUUGGGAUUUGGUCUUUCAGACUGUCUGAAAUGCUGUUCCAUGCUUUCAUAAUUGAGAGAUAAGAAGGAUUUCAUAAAUGUGGCUGGUGAGAAGGAAGGAACAAAUGGAAUAGAGUUGUCUUUGAUCCCUCUCUGUGUGGAAUCCAGGAUUUAGAGCACUUACAUUACUUGUCACUGACAGGCCAGGAUGGCCUGUAGUGAUCUUGGCUGUGCUGUAAGCCCUGAUUUCUAGAGAAAGGAUUGCUGGAGGUGAUCCUGAAAUAUUUAAUUCAGGACUGUUUAAUACUUGUUGCUACUAAUUGUUUUUUAAGAAAGAAGAUUUUAAUAUAUUUAUUUUCUUAAAAGGGGAGAGGCAUGGUGAGUUGAUGUAAAUUAGAGUCUGUAUUUUUGUGUUGACAUUUUGCUCACUGUAAACUAAAACUCACUGUAUAUAAAUUUUGCUGUAAUCACUUUCACGCUG